AAGCUAAUGAAGGACUGAAAGCUAACGUACGCUACCUGCUCGCUAAGCUAGCCACACAACGCCAACUGAAAUUAAAAUGAUUUUAAGACAACGCGACGGGAGACAAAAAUCAACUAAGUAGUCGUGAUUGUGGUCUGCGCAGGGAAAGGUGUUCCUUUCUCUCCGUUUAUAUCAAGGGAGGUGAAUGAGUGAGCAUCAAAGUCCUUACGUGGAAGUCAAGAUCACGUUUGUCUCUCCUAUCGGAAUACUCCUCAAACAACAACAUUAAAAAAAUGCCAUCGACUGUUGUUAUUAAACUCCUCCUAUAGUCAAAUAUAAUUGGUUUCGGUCUAAUAAAUAACCCAAGGAUACAAAUGUGGACUUUAAAUAGAUGCAAGUGAUAACAAUCACACAAGUUCAUUUUCAAUACAGGUGCAGCAAUCCCCCGCUAUAUCGUUCAUUUAUCGCGGCUUCAGUACAUCGCUGAUUGACCCCCCCGAAAAAAAAAAAUCUAAUUUGAGCAAUUAUGGCAAUUUCCAGUAGAAGGCGGGGAGUGCCCACACAAAUGCAGUAAGUACAGAACGUACACUUGUACCUUGUUAUUGAAAAAGUUGUUAUAAUAAGAGUUCAGAAAACAUAUUUACAGUAUUGUACCUUGUUAUAAAAUUCUUAUAAUAAUAAAAUAGUUCUAAAACGUAUUUACACUUGUACCUUGUUAUAAAAAAGUUGUUAUAAUAAGAGUUCAAAAAACACAUUGACAGUGUUUAUACUUUUAACUACACCUACAUGUUACAGACACAACACAUAUUUUUUAUACAUUAUUUUCUGUAUGUCAUUUACACUAGGUAUUAAUAUAGUAUUUACAUGUUUGAAACUUUUAAUCUUCUAAUGGUAACAUAUGCACUCAUAUGGUUUGAAAUGUAACAUUCUGUAAAAGGUUCAUUAACAGUGAAGCAGUUACAAUUGUGGCUUUGGCGUCAAAGCGAGAGAAAUACUUGGAAGACCAAAAAUGUAAAAACUCAACUUUUCCCUCCAUAGCAAAGCUUGUACGUGUGCCACUAAUUUAGUUUUUUUUUGUUUGGCCGGGAGGGUUUUAUUUUUAUGUCUUAUAAAACAAUAGCCACCUUUCCAAUCGAGUAAUCGUAUAAAAAUCAGAUGGAUUAAUGCAGCGAGUGUUUCAGUAGCCGGGUUAAUGUAAACGCUCAGUGGGCCCGCCGGGUUCAAGAUAGGCCAACUACUCUGAGAAAUGGCCGCUCGAGGCCGCAGCUCUCGUUUUACCUGGCGGUGGCAUGCUGCGGGGCAAGCUUUUUAUUUCACCGCUUUGUGUUUGCUGAAGCGGGGCGGCAGCUAAUGACGGCGCUGCCGAUGAUGGCUGCGAGGCGACCCGAUAAUUAGGGAGGUGGGCGGGGCCGCGCGGUGCGGCGUGGGGGUUACUCAAUCACCCUGCAGAUACAAAUGAGAUGAGGAGUUGAUGGUACGCCACAGUGAGAGUUGAAGAAUCCUGUGGUGCACUCUGCAGGCAAAGUUUCCCAUCAGCUCGGAACUUGUUUGGCAGUAAACUUUGGCAUCUUCAAAACGGAAUUGCUUCUCGUCCGCGCUGCAUUGAAUUCCGCCGAACGGGAUCGAGUCCACUCGCCAGCGAAGCCCAAGGUAGAAGCGCAGCAGGCCCGGCAGCCAUGGCCACCUUUCACCCUGGCAUCCUCCCAUCGCCGGCCUUGGUCUCGCUCCUGGCCUUGAUCUCGCUGCUUUAUCAAGUCGCGGCUCAGGAGGACGUUCAGAGCCAGUCCCCAGCCCAGGUUCUCGAGGACCUGCUGGCCCGCCACGGCGACAACGACACUAUCACCGUGCCGCAGCUGCGUUCCCUUCUGGCGCUCCUCAGCCAGGGCCGUGGCAACGCUGAGGCCGACGCGCUACGCCAGGAUGUUACCGCUGCGACCGUCCCGCCCAAAUUGAACAACUCCAAGUGCUUGCCAGAGGACAAGCUGGCCAUCUACAGCAUGGGCGAGCAGUCUCGUCUGGACGGGCGGGGCUUGCGGGACCUGUGCCCCACCAUGCUGCAACAGCUGGAUGCCGGCGCCUGCCGCGCCCACGAUCGAGCCGAGCCGAGCGGCGACACCUCGCCGAGGCCGACCGACGCCGAAGUGUGGGGCUUUUCUUUCCUGAGUGUGUCUGUGGUCAACGUCUUCGCCCUCACCGGAGUCUUCAUGGUGCCCGUGAUGAAGACGCGAUACAUGAAGCACGCCUUCACCUUUUUCAUCGCGCUGGCCAUCGGCACGCUCUACUCCACCGCUGUCCUGCAGCUGCUCCCGGAGGCCUUUGGUUUUGACCCCAUGGUUGACUUCUACGCCUCAAAGUCUGCUGUGGUCUUUGGAGGCUUUUACCUCUUCUUCUUCACUGAGAAGAUCCUGAAGAUGCUCCUCAAGCAGAAGCACGAGGGUCACGGCCACAGCCAUUACUCGGCCCCGGGCAGGGACGGCGAAGAGGGGGAGAAGAACGGCCAAGUGAGCGGCGGCCGCGCCGUGGGCAACAUGGACGCCGGUGAGGGCGAGCUCAUGCUGCGCCCCUCGCAGACCCCGCAGGAGCCGCCGAGCACGGAGGGCGGCGGGCGGCCCAGCGGCAGCGGCGGCUGCCAUUGGCUAAAGGGAACGUCGUACUCCGACAUCGGAACGCUGGCCUGGAUGAUCACGCUGAGCGACGGGCUGCACAACUUCAUCGACGGCCUGGCCAUCGGUGCCUCCUUCACCGCUUCCGUCUUUCAGGGCAUCAGCACCUCGGUGGCCAUCUUGUGUGAGGAGUUCCCUCACGAGCUGGGCGACUUUGUCAUCCUGCUGAACGCCGGCAUGACCAUCCAGCAGGCGCUUUUUUUCAACUUUGUGUCGGCUUGCUGCUGCUACCUGGGGAUGGGCUUUGGAAUCCUGGCCGGAAACAGCUUCUCCCCCAACUGGAUCUUUGCCCUGGCGGGAGGCAUGUUCCUCUACAUUUCUCUGGCGGACAUGUUCCCCGAGAUGAACGAAGUGAGCCGUGAGGAGGAGAACGCCGGCGGCGGUAGCUUCCUGCUCACGUUUGCCAUCCAGAACGCCGGGCUGCUGACGGGCUUCGGCAUCAUGCUGCUGCUCACCACCUACUCCGGACAGAUCCAGCUAGCCUAGCUGCCACGAUGCUUCCAGGAUGUCACGCGAGUGGCUGGCUGGCUGCCUGACGCUGCCGGGAAGCCUUCGGGAUGUGGUGAGAGCACACUGUUUGGUUCCUCCGCCCUUCUUCCUCCUUUUGGGAUCCAGCUCCCAAAGAAAACAGACUGCAGGCUAUUUUUUUGUCUUGUUUUUUCAUUGUGUUGAAGAGGAGCAGCAUCAGCCCUUCUCCCAUCUUUAAAACGCCGGUCAAACUCCCGCUUUGGUUUUGUUUUUCAGAAGGGUAGUAUUAAAACAUGAAUCUGCACUUUUACAGGAGAACAUUGUGAAGCUCUGCUCAUUGAUUUCAAGUGACGGCACCGACCAAAGAUUUGAAAAGGUUCUCCUCAUGGCUAGAUUCUACUUCUUCAUUGUUAAAUUAAAGGUUAAAUGACUUACUGCACAAGCAACUUGUUUGGAACUUUGGACAUGACGUCAUUCUCUGUUAUAUUUUGUGCGUGCGUGCGUGCGUGCGUGCGUGCGUGCGUCCGUGCGUGCGUCCGUGCGUGCGUGCGUGCGUGCGUGCGUGCGUCCGUGCGUCCGUGCGUCCGUGCGUGCUCUCACCAGCAGUUAGUGUGGAGGCCAAAAUGAACAACAUGCAUCAAUUGUGAUCUCAAUUAAUUCAAAGUUAGGCAAUUACUUACACUUAUAAUUAAUUCCAAUGUGCAACCUAUUAUGAAUUAUUUUCACAAUCGAAUGAAUGGACAAUUUCCUCCCAUUAUGUCAUGAAUGAAUUAAAAUGUGGAUUCAUAGAGAGGUCCAUUUAAAUAAAAUAAAAAAAAUAUGUAUGUAUAUGUAUGUAUGUAUAUAUGUGUGUAUAUAAACCCUGUUAUUUUUCACUACUAAUUUCUUUAAUCAUUCAAUAGUCAGUUGAAUUCUAAGGUUUGAAUCCAUUACUGUUAAUGAUAGUCGCUUCGUAUUUAUUUAAUUUGGGCGUCAAAAAAUGAUAUAUCAGACUUAAAACUGUGUGAAGACGCACACACACACACGCACACUUUAGUCACUUAGUGGAGUGGGUGUUUGACGAGGGUUGUUUCCAGAGAGUUGCUGACAAUGUUGCAUCCUUGAGCAGCAGCAGAACAGAUUUGAUGUCAUAUCAACAAAAUGGAGGACAAAGGGUCCAGCCAGUGUGGAGAUUUUUUUUCUAUAUUUGGAAAAAGACAAUUACAAUAUUUAGCAGAAUACGCACUCCGAGAAUCGAUUGAUCGGCAGAUUCAUUUCCAAACUGUAUAAUGAAUAAAAAUGACUUUUUUGGGUUCAGAACAUUGACUGUAUUACAAUAGAUUGUCCUUUAGUAUUUAACUUUCCAAUGGAUAGAAACAUCUGCAAAACAAAACAUCCAAUUUAGAUUUUUUUUAAAUGCUAUUUUCUUAGUUUUAUGUUGUUAUGUGAUGUGUAACAAUAAAUAAUGAAAAUGACAAGAAUUGAAUUCCAAUCAAUUUUAAAAAUGUCAGCUGCAGUAGCAUUCUGGUAAUAAAUGGAUUUUGAGGUCAGCUCCAUCGUUGCUGCUUCUUAACGACAAAAAUGUACACGGUCGAAUAUUUAAACGUGUGUAUACAGGCUUGUGUCAGACUUUGAUUGUGUUAACGGUGAAUUCCAUUCAACUGGGUUGAUUGUUCACGUUCGCAAAUGGUUAGAAAAAACAGAUCUUGCUAAUCCUAACCCCUAACCCUAACUAACCCCCAAUUCUCUUUCUAUUUUUAUGUAUGUAAAAAAGCAACAACAAAAAUCCAAGAAAGGCAAGGCUAUGUGCUAUUUAAUCUGACUUUAUACUUGACCAAUAAAAGUACAAUUUUUCCACG